AUGGUGCUUCUGUCUGGAGACAGGAAAGAGGGCGGGGAAGGCAGGAGCCUCACCGCAGGGAAGCAGCUGCAAGAGGGGUCGCCUGGAGGGCCAGGGCCCGAGGAGGCGGAGGGGGGAGGGAAUCCCGGCAGUAGCGAUGCCUCAAGCAUUGAGCCAACCACCCCGGCAGAGUGGGCGCGCAGAGAGGGCGAAGCCGAAGAGGAGGAGAACAGGGAAGACGAGUAUGAGGAGUAUGAGGAGUAUGAAGACUUCUCGGAGCUCCCGGACACGCGGAGCAUUGCUUCAGACGACUCCUUCUACCCUCCCCAGGAGGCCGACGACGAGGGCGAAUCGGAACUCUCCGACAGCCAGCAGCCGCCCAGUCUCUUCCGCGCCUGCUGUGCCAACAACGCCGCCGUCGUGCGGGCGCUCAUCCGGCAAGGGCCCGAGGAGGAGGACGUGAGGGAGACGGACCGCAACAAGCGGACUGGGCUUAUUGUUGCCUGUUACCAAGGGUACGUGGAAAUUGUAGUAGCCUUAGCACAGUGUCCUCAUAUUGAUGUAAACUGGCAGGACAAUGAAGGGAACACAGCUCUAAUUACAGCUGCUCAGGCAGGACAUAUUAACAUUACACAAUAUUUACUCAACUAUUAUCCUGGUCUUGAUAUUGAGAAAAGGAAUGCAUUUGGAUUUACUGCACUCAUGAAAUCUGCAAUGCAAGGCCGCAGUGAAUGUGUCAGAGCCUUAAUAUUGGCAGGGGCAAAUAUUAAUGCAACAGACCCAGGCCGCGGAUUCACUCCUCAAGAAUGGGCAUGUUUCACAGGAAGAAUUGAAUCUGCAUAUCUUAUACAGAGGCUUAUGGACAAGCCAUGUGCUGAGCAAUUUUGUGAUCAAUAUGUGCUUGAAUGGCCAAAGAUGAAGGAACUUCUUGCCAAGGCUACAGGUACAAAAACUUGCUUGCAGAAGAUCUCAGAAACUUUGAGUUCCAUUUUAGAUUUCAGAACUUUCCAUGGCCCUGAAGAAGAUGGGGUCCUUGAUCACAUGGUUAGAACAACAACAAGUUUAAAAAGCUCUUUUGUUGCCAUAGCUUGUAGGACUGUGUGCCCUGAAAGUCCCCCUGCUGUAGGAAAACGUAGGCCAGCUGUGCAAGAAAUUCUUAGGCAACAAAGAGCUAAAGAACUUCAAACUUUGGAGAAUAGGGAACAUUUUAACAGCUAUAAGAAGUUGUUUCAGAAUUCCAGAAUUACAUUAGUGUCCAAAAGGAAGGAACGGAGGGCCAGCCUGCAGCCUUUCAAUUUAAAUAUACCUCGGGUCAACGUUGUGGUUCCAAGGAAAAGCAGCCUGUUGCCACUGCACUUGCUAAGAAGAAGCAGUGUCCGCCCGGGGAUCGUCAUCCCCAGAGUCCGUAUAAGUAAGGCACCUCGGCCUGUUUUCCAGCCAGAGAAAGUGAAAUGGAAAAGUAGUGCCAGUGAUGGGACCUACUUGCAGAUUCCGAAAUGGAGAUAUAAGGAGCUGAAGGAACAAAGGAAGAAGGUUGAAGAAGAAAAGAUAAAAGCCGAAGCUCAAAAACAAGCAUCUCUGCAGAGAAAAAGGACUUAAGUCAAAUUGCUGUUGGUACCAAUAAAUGGGUUGACACGGUAUAUUAUAUAAAUUUAAGAAAGGGAAGAUCAAAUUUUCUUUAAGAGACUUAAGAAAUGCAAGGCCUCUGUAUGAACAAUGUUAACAUAUGGAAAAGAUUAUUUUUAUAGAAUUUAACAACUGUCGUCCCAAAAAUAAGACAAAGGGCAAUAGGAUUAAACUCCAAAUAUAGAAGCCCGGUCCUCAUUCACAGUUUACAGCAGCACUCCCAUACCAUGUCCUGAAUGCCCUAGUCUUCUCCCUGGGGUGCAGGACAAGAUCCUCAUCCCAUCCCCAGCCCGUGGGUGAAACAGACUUAAAUUAUCACAAAGCAGUCUUUUCCCCUUUAAGCCAAUACUAUCACCCCUUAGCUUCAAGGUAUGUAAAAUCUGUACUACUUCCUUAUUCCUAAUCUGAGAGGUGAAGUCAAGGG